AGCAACAUGACCAGCCCAGAAUACAGACUGACCGUCAACUAUGGUCCAGAGAGACCUGUUAUCACGAGUCCGGAUAUAGCGAUGACAGGACACAGCGUGACCUUCAACUGCUCGGCCUCCUCUCAGCCUCUCAGCCAGUUCAGCUGGUUCUUCAAUGGUUCCCAGGUGGCAACCUGCUCAGUGUAUAAGACUAGCCCACUGACCUUAGCCAGUCUUGGGGAGUACACCUGUGUGGCCUUCAACAACAUCACUGGAAGAAACAGCACUGUCUCCAAGAUGCUCACCGUCAUUGACCCAGUAACCAUGGCCACGGUGAAAGUCAUCGGUGCCCAGCCAAUAGCAGACUACAUGUUUACUCUGACCUGUGAGACCGCUGGAAGCAUUUACUCCAUUCACUGGAUAAGGAACGGCUGGCCUCUGUAUGCUGACAACAGAACAGACUUCUCUAUGAACAACAAUACACUGACAUUCAACUCUGUCCAGCAUUCUGACAACGGAGACUAUCAGUGUUCUGCCUACAACCCCCUGAGCAACAUGACCAGCCCAGACUACAGACUGACCGUCAACUAUGGACCGGAGAUGCCUAUUAUAACAGGACCAGCAUUAGGAGAAACAGGACACAGCGUGAUCUUCAACUGCUCGGCCUCCUCUCAGCCUCUCAGCCAGUUCAGCUGGUUCUUCAAUGGUUCCCAGCUGGCGACUGGCUCAGUUUAUAAGAUUGGCUCACUGACCUUAGCCAGUCAUGGGGAGUACACCUGCGUGGCCUUCAACAACAUCACUGGCAGAAACAGCACUGUCUCCAAGAUGCUCACUGUUGUUGCACCUGUGACCAUGAGCAUUGUGAAAGUCAUUGGAGCCCAGCCAAUACUGAACGAGAAAUUCUCUCUGACCUGUGAGACCGCUGGAACGGUUUACUCCAUUCACUGGAUGAGGAACGGCUGGCCUCUGUAUGCUGACAACAGAACAGACUUCUCUAUGAACAACAAUACACUGACAUUCAACUCUGUCCAGCAUUCUGACAACGGAGACUAUCAGUGUUCUGCCUACAACCCCCUGAGCAACAUGACCAGCCCAGAAUACAGACUGACCGUCAACUAUGGUCCAGAGAGACCUGUUAUCAUGAGUCCGGAUAUAGCGAUGACAGGACACAGCGUGACCUUCAACUGCUCGGCCUCCUCUCAGCCUCUCAGCCAGUUCAGCUGGUUCUUCAAUGGUUCCCAGGUGGCAACUGGCUCAGUGUAUAAGACUAGCCCACUGACCUUAGCCAGUCUUGGGGAGUACACCUGUGUGGCCUUCAACAACAUCACUGGAAGAAACAGCACUGUCUCCAAGAUGCUCACCGUCAUUGACCCAAUAACCAUGGCCACGGUGAAAGUCAUCGGUGCCCAGCCAAUAGCAGACUACAUGUUUACUCUGACCUGUGAGACCGCUGGAAGCAUUUACUCCAUUCACUGGAUGAGGAACGGCUGGCCUCUGUAUGCUGACAACAGAACAGACUUCUCUAUGAACAACAAUACACUGACAUUCAACUCUGUCCAGCAUUCUGACAACGGAGACUAUCAGUGUUCUGCCUACAACCCCCUGAGCAACAUGACCAGCCCAGACUACAGACUGACCGUCAACUAUGGACCGGAGAUGCCUAUUAUAACAGGACCAGCAUUAGGAGAAACAGGACACAGCGUGAUCUUCAACUGCUCGGCCUCCUCUCAGCCUCUCAGCCAGUUCAGCUGGUUCUUCAAUGGUUCCCAGCUGGCGACUGGCUCAGUUUAUAAGAUUGGCCCACUGACCUUAGCCAGUCAUGGGGAGUACACCUGUGUGGCCUUCAACAACAUCACUGGCAGAAACAACACUGUCUCCAAGAUGCUCACUGUUGUUGAGGCUAUAAAGUCGGUGAUGGUAAAACGAAGCAAAAUACCGAUAGCAUCUGACAACCUAACCCUGACCUGUGAUGUCACCGGGCGCUAUGACACCAUCUACUGGAUGAAGGACAACCUGUCUUUGGUCCUGAACAACACCUUGAACUCUGACAUCACCAUCUCCAACAACUCUCUGCACUUCAGUCCAGUCCAGGUGUAUAACAAUGGAAACUAUCAGUGUGUCGCCACCAACAUCUUUGGUCCACACACCAGCCCUAAAUACCAGCUACUGGUGAACUAUGGCCCUCUGAGUGUGAACAUCUCUGGCCCAGUGUCAGUGGUGAUUGGCUCAGUAAUCACAGCUACGCUGAAGUGCUCUGCCAACUCCCAGCCAACCAGCGAGUACGGGUGGAAAUUCAACAACCAAUCAGUGCUGGGGACUGGUCCUUUGAUGGCUGUUGUCGCCUCCUUGGAGAAUGCAGGGGACUACACUUGUGUGGCCAAGAACCCUGUGACCAACAUCUCAAUGUCCAAGACCAUCACUCUGGAUGUCACUGGCUACUCGCCUGCCCCUCCAUUCCAGUCCAGAGUUGGUCUGAUGCUGAUGGCCCUGCUAGCUCUCUCUCUCUGCUUCUGAUCAACCACUGAGACCACCACAGUAUGCACACUGCAUGUCUGUCUGCUGGCUGGGAGCCAAUCACUCCCUUCCCUCUACCCUCACUGACCUGAGAAAGGACUGGAUAGGAAUAAGUGGUAUUGUCGAUAUUAUGAUUGCCCCAUCUUGCCACCAUAGGGCUGGGUUUAGUAUGCUCAGCUCCUUUCCAAUGUUUUUAGGUUGUGAGGAGAGAGUCAACAAGAGGUCAGAAGGGAGGGGUCUAUCCCCUUAGAAUAGAACCCACCUCCACAAUGUGUUUUUAUGUCAAUCAUCUCUAUAAACUGAUAUUCCUUUUAAAAACAACAAUCUUGAAAACUGGUCUUCAACAUGGUAAUUGAAGGGGCAAACAUCCACUGCUCAGCUGCACUGCCUAUUUCUGUUUCUAAUUCAAUGUUCUUACAUAUUCACUGCCCUUGUGACUGUUGCCCUGGAGUCCAUUCACUGAGUCCCUUUCUGUGUUGUUCUGUGUUUGAUCAUGUAUGUAAACUCUGUAGUUCAAGUACAAAUUCAGGUUUAUUUAGCAUAUAAAUACCUUAGAGGUAAAACGUUUCAAACGAUAAUACAUUUAACUGGUGUUUAUGUAAAACAUGGCUUGUUUUUGCACCUAUUUAAUGUAUAAGCUUGUAAAUCCUCGGAGGAGAUGUAGGCUUGUGCUGUUGUCUUAUGUUUAUAUUUCCUCUUCAUUAAUUAUUGUCUUAAAUAAAGUGUUGUCUUUUCACACCUGUCCUACUGAA